AUAUAAAACCUUCUCUUACUUUAUCAUGUAGCCUCCUAACUGAAAACCCUAAACGGAAAAAUAAAAAAACCACCCCAAAGAUGGUGCAGCGAUUGACCUACCGUACUCGGCACAGUUAUGCCACCAAAUCCAACCAGCACCGGGUCGUCAAAACCCCUGGUGGGAAAUUGGUGUAUCAGACCACGAAGAAGAGAGCAAGCGGACCCAAGUGUCCUGUUACUGGCAAGAGAAUUCAGGGAAUCCCACACUUGAGACCUGCAGAGUACAAGAGGUCAAGAUUGUCUAGGACCCGCAGGACCGUGAAUCGUCCUUAUGGUGGCGUAUUGUCUGGAGCUGCUGUUAGGGAGAGGAUAAUUCGAGCUUUCUUGGUGGAGGAGCAAAAGAUUGUGAAGAAGGUUUUGAAGAUCCAGAAAGCCAAGGAAAAGCUAGCUUCAAGGAGCUAGAAAGUGGGAGGCUAAUAGCAAAACUUGUUGGAUUUUAGAAAUGGAUGAGCUAAAUUUUGGUGUGAGAUUAUGAUGACAGUGCUGCAUGUUUGUGUCGAACCUUAAUGUUCUAGAUUUUAGUUUGUUUCAUAUUGAGAUUACUUUGAAAGAUUCAUUGUUAAAGAUUUUAUAUAUGAUCUUAUGCUUGACGAA